CAGAAGUUGAUUGCAGUACUUGCGCUCAAAGUAGCCUUUCUCUGCGCUGUGGCGCAAUUAGGCCUCACGGCUUCUGUCCCUAAAAAGAGAUGGGAAGAACCCAAACAUUGGUUAAGGAGAAAUAACAAUCCAGUUUAUCCGAUAUGGUGGUGGAAAAAGACACCUCCAACACUCCUGCCGACAACAAAGGCCACGCCAACGACAAAAAGACCAGGACCAGAGAUGUGCCAAAGCAUGACAAUAGUUAGUCGAAUACAGGACGGGAAAGGUCCUGUUGUCUGUGUGCGUAAGAAUGUUACAGAGCUGCUGCAAGAAUUGAGCGGGGUUGGUGGUUUUAUAAAACGAUACAUGGGUGUAAGAGUUAUCGAUGCUUGCGGAUUUGAAGAUUUAGCUGCCAUUGGGAACCCAAUAGUAACACGGCCACCAACACGGAACUCUUCACUGCAAUCUGACAGCAGAGAAACAGAAUCCCAGCCUGAACAACUCCUUUCCAAUUCUGAACUACAGCGUCUCAAGAGGACGCUCCCCACGUCUCAAGGCACAAUUUAUCGUGGGUGUCAGGGCCGAGGUACAAUAAUUGAUGGCACAGAUGAACACCGUCUUUGCACUGAAUGCGCCGCCACAACUCAUCUCGGAAAUGACCGGUUUCCUACUUACAUCAACGAAGUUGUUUGCCACGACAGUGACAAACAGUGUGCUGCUAAAAUGGGAAUGUGCUUACAGCGAAGCCUUAAGUUCCCGUUUUUGCGGGCAACCGGGAGGUUCAGGUUUGACGCCGUUCAGAGUGCGUUAAACGGAAAAACAAUUUACAAGGAAGUCUGGGAACAGUACACGCAGGAAAUUAGAUCCUGUUGCGAAUGUGGGAUGUACUCAGCUAUAUAUAACAAAAUUGCUCCUGGUGAUGACGAUGAUUGA